AUGCGUGGGACUACGGUCGGCACAGAGGUUGGCCUGGAGGUGUUCACGGGGUUUAAGUGCCUGGACCAGCUGCCCAACAUGUGCUCCGCUGGCGGCUGGAUGCCGGUGUUCUUCUGGGUGACCUACACGCUGUUGAUCACUUUCAUGAUCAUGAACCUGGUCAUUGCGGUCAUCCUCGAGGGCUACGAGGACGGGAAGCCCACGCGGGAGGGGGUGGUCAUCGACAAGUGCGUGCUGCUCUGGAGGACCCCUGCUGGUUUGCCAAGCGGUCGGGGUCAAGGGCCCCAUGCCGACCAGGAAGACGGCCGAAAAGACCACGAGCUCAGUCGGCAAUGUUCAGUCGGCUGUUUCAUCGAUUGUAACAGACGGCUCGACCGUGGAGUACUCGGCAUCGCUCAAGGAGUUCACGGGCCUGCCUAUGAAGUGGGUGAAGAACUUGGACUUUAA